GUCUUGUACGCAUGACGUCACACGUUCAACUUCAGACAGUACGAUGGCGGCGUGUGCUGCACGGCGCUGCCUGUCGCUUUUGGGCCGGUACCGACAUGGAGCUUCACUGAGUGUGCCAUUCUCACCGUCCCGAUCUGCUGCUUUAAAACAUGUCUGUGGCUGCCGCUUCCAACAGGAAAGGAGACUGUCUUCCCGAAACAGAGCAGAAGGUAAAGUGCUUGAAACAGUUGGGGUAUUUGAAGUGCCAAAGCAACAAGGAAAAUAUGAAACGGGUCAGCUAUUUCUUCACAGCAUCUUCGGAUACAGAGGUAUUGUCCUAUUCCCUUGGCAGGCCAGACUGUAUGACAGAGAUGUUGCUUCUCCUGUCACAGAAAAAUCAGACACUUCAUCAAAUCAUGGAGCCAAAGAGGUCAAAGGCAAAACACACACAUAUUAUCAGGUCCUGAUUGAUGCACGGGAUUGUCCUCAUAUAUCUCAGAGGUCUCAGACAGAGGCAGUGACCUUCCUUGCAAACCAUGACGACAGCAGAGCACUGUAUGCAAUUCCUGGUUUAGACUACGUUAGUCAUGAGGAUAUCCUUCCUUACAACUCUACUGACCAAGUACCAAUCCAGCACGAGCUGUUUGAGAGGUUCUUCAGUUAUGAUCAGACCAAAGUGCCGCCCUUUGAUGCUCGGGAAACACUACGUGCAUGGCAGGAAAAGAAUCACCCAUGGCUAGAACUUUCUGAUGUGCACAGAGAGACGACAGAGAAUAUCAGGAUCACAGUUAUCCCCUUCUACAUGGGCAUGAGGGAAGCUCAGAAUUCUCAUGUAUAUUGGUGGCGUUAUUGUAUUCGUUUGGAGAAUCUGGGUAUAGAAGUUGUUCAGCUGCGUGAGCGGCAUUGGCGCAUCUUUAGCCUGUCUGGAACUUUGGAAACAGUGAGAGGUCGUGGUGUUGUAGGCAGGGAGCCUGUUUUAUCGAAGGAGCAACCAGCUUUUCAGUACAGCAGCCAUGUUUCUCUACAAGCGUCUAGCGGCCACAUGUGGGGUACGUUUCGCUUUGAGAGACCUGAUGGCUCACACUUUGAUGUCCGGAUUCCACCUUUUUCAUUGGAGAGCAACAAAGAUGAGAAGACUCCUCCUUCUGGUCUUCACUGGUAGUGAUGUUACGCACACAGCCUCGGCUGAUCAGCACUUUGUAGAACUGUAACUAAUAAUAUCCAGACCAACCUGACCCUAAAAAAGGAACUGUUAAUCGUUAGCUGCUUCUCCAAUUUUGUUUGUCUCAGUCUGAGAGAGAUUUGGCUGGCUGGUGCUCCGUUCUGACAACAACUUCUGCAUUUAGAAUAAAGUCCCGCACUGCUGAGCCUUGUCAUGAUCUUGUAUCCUGCAAAAUGAUUCAAGAACAUUUUGGAAUUUUUAUCUGUUAAAUAAAGCGAUAUGUUUCUGGAA